GCACCUUGAUGAUAAAUUUGUUGUCGUUUCAGGUAAUUGACGUGUGAGGUUAAGGUGGGAUGCGGAUUAUUUAAAUGAUUUGUAAUUACCGUUGGGUACAGUUGCACACAAACCGGCACAAAAUGAAGAGUUUUAUCUGUGUUUUCUUUGUGUUAUUAGUUGCAGCAACUUCGAGCAAGUCGGAGGAUGUCGAGGCCUUCUCCAAACUCGAAAUAACCCCCGACGUGGUCCACGUGGCCCCCUCCAAACUCCUCAAAGUCGAGUACAAGAAAACCAACAAGGAGGUGCACCUGGGCAACGAAAUAGCCCCCAAAGAUGUCCGCGACGCACCCACCGUCACCUACAACGGCGACCCCCACGCCUUCUACACCCUGGUUAUGAGCGAUCCGGAUGCCCCCAGUCGCAAAAACCCCAAAGCCAGGGAAUGGAACCACUGGUUGGUGGGCAACAUCCCCGGAUCUGACCUUUCCAAAGGCCAAGUUUUGACGGAAUACGUGGGCGCCGGGCCCCCGAAAGACACCGGAUUGCACCGCUACGUCUUCCUUUUGUUCAAACAGCCCGGGAAAAUCACCUUCCAGGAGGAGCACAAGAGCAACACUAACGGAAACAGGGCCAAAUUUUCAACAGAAAAUUUCGCAAAGAAAUACAAACUGGGAAAUCCGGUCGCUGGAAAUUUCUAUCAAGCCCAAUAUGAUGAUUCUGUCCCUGCUCUACACAGCCAAUUACAUUAAAAGGGUGAUUGGUCUCUAUAAUUUUGAUUUUUUUUAGUAUUCAUUUACUAUUUGUACUUAUUUUGCUAAUUUAAUUGCUUCUUUGUCAUGUAUUUGCGAAAUAUUGUUUUAAUAAAAAAUAUGACUGGA